AUGAGUGCAGGGCGCAUAUGGAAUAUUCUCACGCACCUGCUGAAUCCAACCAGCACGAGAACGGCGACUCGUGUCCAGAUGGCCAAGCUACGACACAAGUACAAAGAUGAUCCGCAGGCCUUCGUGGAGGAGAUCAUCCAGACGCACCUCACUCGCCCGGCAGGUGAGAGUCGCAUGGAAUACUGUGGGGCUCCCAACGAGGAACUAGACGCGGAAAUUUUCAUGCAGGAAAUUAGAGCAGUCCUUCAGCUACUGAAGACCAAAUCGGCACCCGGUCCUGACAAGAUGAGGAACCUGAAUGUUGAUGCCAUUGAGAAGCUACGUCAGUAUAUCAACGCAUGCUGGAAGGAAGGCCGUAUUCCACAAGAACGGAAGACAGCGGAUGCCAUACUGAUACCCAAGCCAGGUAAACCGCUUGAGGUUCGAAAUAUGAGGCCGUUAUCUCUGACGUCCUGCGUCGGGAAAGUCAUGGAGCACGCCUGCCUCAACAGGGUGACGACGAUUCCCGAGAAGCGGGAUGCCUUCGGCACUCACAUUAUCGGCUUCCGCAGAGGACUUUCAAUGCAGGAUGCUAUGCUGCAAAUUAAGGAACAGGUCAUUAAGCACCAAGCACGCACGUGCGCGCCCUGCUUGGGUUAG